AUGAGUAGCGGUAGAGAAACAGUUUCUUCGAGAGCCAGAGACAGCAAGAAUGGCAGCAAAGGAAAGGUGAUUGCCAACGAUCUCGACCUACAGAGGUUUCGUAUCAACAAGCUCAUGUCUAACCCUUCAAAGGAACUCAAAAUCGAUUUGAAGUCCGUUGAAAGAAAAUUGCCCAGUAUACCUGAUUACAACUUCAACGUCAAAUCAUCCAUUGCCGGCGCAGGUUCUGAUGGAUUUCAUAUUUACCAAAAGUCCAAGGAGAAGGAGAAACUUCGGUUAUCGAUUUUGAAAGAAAAUGAGACCUCAAGGAAAAAUAAAGAGGAAUUUUUACUAUUAAAACAGGAAAUGCAAAAAAAAGAUGAUUUGAAAACACAGAAGAAUAGAUUGAAAAGAUUAAAAAGGAAACAGGCCAAAGAAAAAUACAAGAAAGAUAACAUUACUAUUGACAAUAAUAAUGGCGUUGAAAAUACAGUAAACAAUGAUAAUCGUGAAUUAAACCGACCCUCUAACAAGUCUAUUAAAUUACAGCACAAAGACGAGAAAAUACAGAAUAAUAAAAAAUCACAAACUCAAGUAAUAAUCGAUGACUAA